CUCUGAUCCAGAUGUCUGACAGCUCUUCUCUAUCGUCUCAUGGGCCUCAUGCCCACAGUCCUGCGGGAUGUCCUGUCACUGGGAGUGCGCAUGGCUAUUGCCCUGCACAGAAGGGCGACUCACGUUCACCCUGUCCUGCCUUAAAUACCAUGGCAAACCAUGGCUACAUUAAUCGAGACGGCAAAAACUUGAGCGCUUGGUCAAUAGCCAAGGGCCUACGUGAAUGUUAUGGCCUAACAAUGCCAUUCUCCAUCUUCCUCUCCUACACGACAUUCCUUCUCCUUCGUAAAUUCCGCCCGAUCGACCUCUACGAGAUUGGAAAGCAUGGGGUGGUGGAGCAUAACGCCAGCCUCGUGCACCACGACACGCCACCCGGCCAGAUAUACGCACCUAUCGAAAUCGACCAGGGACUUGUGGAAGCAGUCGUCAAGGAUGCUCAGACGGUCGUCGAAGCCGAGGUCGAAGUUGACGGCGUAAAGCAGAAGAAGACGGAAACCCUCUACAGCAUAUUCGACAUGGGAAGGUCCCGCGUGCGGAGAGAGAAAGAAUCGCCUCCUCUCACAUCUGUUCAGGCGAAGAUAGCUCGUGGAGAGCUUGCGAUCAUCCAAGCCGUGUGGGAGAAGAAGGUUGGAGAGAAGGUCGGCUCGCCUAUCGAGUGGAUUAAGAGGUGGUUGGGGGAAGAACGCUUGCCCGAUGGAUGGAAGCCGGACAGAGAAGUCGGCUUUGUUGCCACCAACACCCGUAACAAGGCUAUCCAAAAAGCCAUGGAGGAGAUUCGAAAGCAGGAGGCUGAGGCCGCUGAUCCAAAAGCUAAACUAUAA